AUGUCCCCGGACGAGCCAAAGACACCCAGGAGGAAGGAAAAGGCCAAGACUGUUUACGUUUCUCCGUAUUUCUCUCCAGUUCUAAAGUCUGGAGAGGCUCACUGGCACCCUGAACCACGUAAAUCCCCACCAAAGGAAUGCCUUCCUGAACCCCUAACUUGCGAGGAGCGGAUGGGCCUGGGUGAACCUCCGGGAGAAGAUCCUCUAGCUUUAUUCUAUCACCGCAAGUUUGAGCGCUUAUUUAACGAUCUCGAAGGCCUAAAGCCAAAGUUGAUACAAGAAACUGUUGCAGACGAUCCAUGGAAACUGCUUGUCGCGGUGACCCUUUUGAAUAAGACGACUGGAAGAGCAGCCAUUCCAGUCUUUUGGAAAAUCAUGGAACGAUGGUCUACCCCCUUCCUUCUUUCUCAAGCCACUGAACAGGAUCUGGUCAUCAUGUUGACGCCUCUGGGUACGCAGCGGAUACGAGCGCAACGACUGAAAGAAAUGUCUCGCUUGUACCUCUUGGAUCGACCUUCAGUGUAUGAUCCGCGAACCUCGAGAGCCACUCUACCCAGCGUUCCUGGUUCGCCAAAGAAACGGCGGAAAUAUCCUGACACACCUAUCUCCCAUCUUCCAGGUGCAGGCGCUUAUGCUCUCGAUUCGUAUCGCAUAUUCUGUUCUCUGCAUGAUGACCCGGCGUCUACAGAGUGGAGACAAGUCUUGCCAACCGACAAAGAACUAAUACGUUACCUGGUAGGCCCUCCUGUUCGCAAUCCCUACCCAAAAUCUGAACUCGAUGGCCCUGGUUCACCCAUCACUGUGGCUUAUCUGCGAGCCCUGAUACAAGAACUCUCGCCACCACCGACACCACCUCCAAGUCCCAGAAAGCGACCAAAGAAAUCCGAUUCUUCUUAA